AUGCUAUCGACUUGGUCUCGAGCUGCUUCAGCUCAUGUCUGCAGCUGCAGAGCCUGCAUCCACGCCACUCGCUCCCCGACGACACGCGCCGCUACCCUGGUGACCCGUUUUCGAUGCUCACCUUUUGGCCUCGCCUCCACCACCCUCUACACCACCCACAGCGGCUCACCCACUGUCCGUGAUGCCCACAACAAGAAUGUGCGGCCGGCGGUGCUACGCGGGAGCAUUGCUUCCUCGAGCAAUGGCAAUGGCUUGACCCUGUCGCGCAGCCUGUCGUCCUCGGCUGCCAGCAAUCAAGAUGCCCCCGAGCGCAACUCUUCCAAAGCCCAGAAGCUCGAAGAAAUCAUGAGCCCUUCGCUCGGAAGGAACGCCCUGGAGAUUCUCGAAUCCAUUUGCAAGAUGGAACCUCACCUCAUCCGCCAUGUCGAGAGCAAGCCAGCCUUCCACAGUUUCAUCCGACAGAUGCACAGCAUAUACGGUCCAAAAGGAACACUGGCGGGCUCAUACGAAAUACUUGGGCCUAACUUCGAUCUGCUUGCCGAAUCCGUACGGCAGGAAUCUGAAAAAGCUGGCAUCCUUCACCGCGAACCUAUGACGAAUCAACAAUUCGAGCGAUUGCAUGACUCUAUGAACAAGCUCGUCGACUCCUUGAUCAUUCAGUCUUACUAUGACGAGACCCCGUCCGACCCCGAGUAUGCUCGCAGGUCGCUCAACAGUUUGGACUCUGCCUGGAACGCAAUGCGCAUGCUCCGUUCCGAAGGAUACCCGCGUUACAAUCACCCGGGGCUUGACCCGGCAGCAGCAGAAGAGGGCCGCACCCAGCUCUCGGAGAUGCUGCGAAAGCUGUUCGACACGUGGGAUCAAGCCACACAUCGCAAGUACCAGGUGGCUAAAAUCUGCUACAACUUGCUUGUCUGCCCAGUCCCGCCCAGCAUCCACCACUAUAACGCCCUCAUCUUGGGCUUCACAAGGAAAGGGAUGCACAAUCUCUCAGAUCUAGUGGCGGAAUGUCUCCUUGCAGACAGCCGUCUGCGACCCACCCCUCAAACCGUCGCCUGUCUGCUGGUUCAUUAUCGCCAGAAAGAUGAUAUCUUUGGCUUCUAUGGCAUCAUACGCCGCAUGCUGGCCCUCGAUAACCGUGGCAUGCUCCUCAGGCGGCGUUGGCAUCAAGAUGUCAUCGAUAUUCCGGACCUGCGCAAGUGGGCCAUGCAGCCCGAGGUGACGACUUCUUUGAAAGGCAACUGGGUCAUCGAGAUGCCGACGAGGAACCGAGAAAUAUACGAAAGCAUGGUCUCUGGGCUCCUGCAUUUCGGUCGUGUCAAGGACGCGGCCAAGGUUUUCGUCGCAUCGCUACAGGAGAAAUGGGGCAUCAGUGUCGAGCUUUUCAUCUACCUGCUAAAGUCGUGUCUGUACCAUCUCGAUGCCCCCGCGGCAGACAUUCUCCUGCGCGGAUUCGUCGAAAAUGCCAGGGUGAUGAAUUCCCUUAUUCUCCGGGCCAACUGCCCAAGGAAACUGGCGGAGCACCUUUAUCCGCUACUCAACAUGGGCAAACCUCCCAGCUGGCCCUUCUCGGAAGAACGGGCCACCAUGGUCUGGCACUCUACAACCCUUGCAACCACUGCAGAGGACCGUAAGAGCAUCCGGCGGCUCACAGUCGCCAUGUUCAUCAGGCAAGCGGAGACACACCUCGUGAGACUGGAACCCAUCAUUCGACGUGCAAGUCGAGUCUUAUACACGAGGCUAGGUCCGCUGAACACGAUCGAUUACGCAAAGAUAGCCAUAAGCGAGCUCUCACGCGUGAAGGUGCACAACCGCCGGCUGGCCAUGGUACUACUGAAGCACCAGAAGCUCUUGAAGACAGCCAAACAACUCGAGGCGAAGACGUGGGACCUGUACCCCGGGACGACGGAGCAGCUGUUCUGCAAAGUGACGAAGGUUCUAAGGAAUACGAUCCCGGCGCCGACUGACGCGGGGGGCUGGCAGCUCUUCGAGCACGACCGGAGGAUCACCGCGCUCGCCGCCGAGUGGAUGCGGUACCGGCUGGACCAGAUGUACGGCAUCAGGGAGGAGGCGCAGCGGGUCAUACUCGAGAUCGAGUUACGGCUCGUGUUGGCCGCCCAGUUUCAGACGGCCGUACGCGGCAUACUGUGUGAGCUGUACGACGUCAAGGUGUUGAUGCCGUUCACGGACGAUUCCACCACUCUAGUGUCAUUCCGUUCACGAGAUGAUGAGGGCGUCGCCCCGCCUGAAGAGGUGACAGACGACGUCGAGCCGGAGGAGGAGGGUCUGGACGACGAGCUGCCGGUCUGGGCCCCCGGCCCCGUUGCCCAAUCUGCAUGA